UAAUAUAUUUAAAAAUUCUAAAUUUUUCUCCGACAUGAAGACACGUUCCCAAACGAAGGGUGAGAGUAGUCAGCCAAGAGCGGAAUCCUCCGCGGAUAUAGUUGGUGAGGAAUCCAGCGCGCCGCUCGAAACAACGGGCGCAGCACGCUCUUUUAUUUCAGGUUCCACAACUUCAUCUUCCACUGUCAGAGCCCGUUCCGUAGCCGCUCAAAUCGAGCAUGCAAAAAAGCUCUUGGAUUUGGAACGAGCCGCAGCUGCGAGAGAAGCGGAGCGCCAACAAAAAGAAGCGGAGAGAGAACGACAAUUACAACAAAGAGAACGUGAGAGCCCCAAUCUACAUAUCUUCAAUCUUCAGGUCCUAUUAAUGCGGUGCUGGCUGAAUCAUCGGCACAGUGUAGUUACCAGUGUCCUCAGGGAAUAGUAACUACAAAUCAGCACCCGGAAAGUAAUAUUUGUUGUAAAAAUAAUACACACACAGGUAAGUCAGAUAUUCAUUUAUUAGCAAAUGCAAUAACAGCUUUAACGAAUGUUAACCGUCCUUCAAAACACAGGGAUGAUCGGCUACCUCCCUAUGAUGGUAAACAUUUAGAUUGGUUUAUUUUUAAAAGAGUUUUCGAAGAGUCAGCCUCUUCGUACACGCCUGCUGAAAACUUAGCACGUAUUGGC